GGGCCGCUCUGGCAGAUGAGCGCGGUGUGACUCCGCGAAGGAAGACACGGAGGACGGCGGACUCGGGCCGAGGCGGCGAGAGCGGGGAGGCCGGGGACGCCCAGCCCGGGAGAUGCGGCGCGCGGGGCGCCAGGCGCGGCCGGCGGAGCAGGGGCAGGUCCCCAGGAGACCGGCCGCCCCCACUUCGGAAGAGGCUGGUGACCGCCGUGCGCGCCCUGUCUGAGGCCAUCUACGAGGACGUGGCCGGGGUGUGGGAGCGGCAGGGGCGUUCCCCGCUGACCUGCGAGCAGCGCUGGGGGCUCGGGCAGCUCUGGGAGCCUCUGUGCGCGGCCUUGCAGAUGGUCUACAGCAUGGCCAACCAGGCGGCCUACGUCUUCCCUGCCGAGAGCUGGCUCGUCCCAGCCCCGCCGCCGGGCCCCCAGGCUCCAGCCGGGGACGGAGGAGAAGCCCGGGGCUCCCCCACGGAGGGACACGGGGCCUCCGUUCCCGGGGUCCGGAGCUAGGCUGGCCCGGCUCGGUCAGGCCCCCGCGCUUCCUGGAACUGG